GGUCUUCCCAAAAUACCGAAGCACCUCUGCCAUAACUUUAUUUCCUUUGGAGCAGUUCAAAAUGAGUUUUCUCGGCCUUUUCGGGGGUGGUUCCUCUGCAAACCCCAAUUCUGAAUAUGGAGACGAGAGUGCGGCUACCAAGGAAAUCACUUAUACCGGUAUUGCGGAGGAUAUCAAAGCCUCUGGUGGAAAAAUACCGGAAGACCUGAAACUGUUGCUCGAGACGGGUGCUCAGAAGGUGUCAAAAGGGCCAGUUGAUGAUAAGCAGCUAGUAAUGGAACGGCUUAUCGGGCUUGUGGCAUCAUUACCUCAAAAUUCGGCCAACCGAAAGAAGCUCACAAGCACAAUUAUCGAUACCUUAUGGGAUUCCCUCCAGCACCCCCCUCUUUCUUAUGUCGGUGAUAAGUAUCAGUACCGACAAGCAGAUGGCUCUUACAACAACAUCUUGUAUCCCGAUCUCGGGAAGGCAGGCACGGAAUAUGCACGAACAAUUCGCCAGGACAAGAAACUCUAUGGAGCCAAACCAGAUGCUGGGUUGCUCUUCGACUUGCUCAUGGCUCGUGGGGACAAUUUCAAACAAAAUCAAGCCGGAAUCUCAAGUGUACUCUUCUACCAUGCUUCGAUCAUUAUCCAUGAUAUUUUCCAUACGAACCGCAAAGAUUUCUCCAAGAGCGACGCAUCCUCAUAUCUUGAUCUUGCACCCCUUUAUGGUAGCAACCAAGAAGAGCAAAACCUAAUCCGAACAAUGCAGGAUGGUUUGAUCAAGCCAGACACCUUCUCAGACAAAAGACUUCUCGGUCUUCCCCCGGGAAUUUGCGUCCUCUUGGUCAUGUACUCCCGUUUCCACAAUUACGCAGCAAAAACAAUAAAGGCGAUUAAUGAAAAUGGUCGUUUUUCAUUACCCGCAUCGCAUGCUACUGCCAGUCCUGAGGAUCAGGCCAAGAACUUGGCGAAGCUGGAUAAUAACCUUUUCCAAACUGCACGAUUGAUCACCAAUGGUCUCUACGUAAAUAUCAGUUUGCAUGAUUAUAUUCGCGGGAUUGCAAAUCUCAAUCAUUCCGAAUCUACGUGGACUCUUGACCCUCGAGUGGAGAUUGACAAGUCUUUCGAUGGCGAGGGUACCCCGAGAGGUGUUGGGAAUCAAGUCUCUUGCGAAUUCAAUCUUCUCUACCGUUUCCAUUCCGCCGUUUCCAAGCGUGAUGAUGCCUGGACUAAGGACUUCUUCGGAAAAAUAUUCCCAGGGCAAGACCCUGCUAGCAUCGGAAUCUCCCAGUUGUUGCAAGGGCUCAUAGUCUUCGAGAAAAGCAUCUCAGAGGAUCCGGCAAAGCGGACUUUUGGCGGCCUAAAGAGAACUGGUGCUGAUGGAAGCGGUGCUUUCAACGAUGACGAGCUUGUCAAGAUACUCAAGGAAAGUAUUGAGGAUCCAGCUGGUGCCUUUGGAGCAAACACUGUUCCCGAAAUCCUUAAGCCGGUCGAGGUUCUGGGAAUCCUUCAGGCCCGGAAAUGGCAGGUUGCCUCGUUAAAUGAAUUCCGUGCAUUCUUCAAUUUGAAGAAGCACAAAACCUUCGAGGACAUCAACCCCGACCCUUAUGUUGCAAAUACACUGAGGAAGCUCUACGACCACCCUGAUAUGGUGGAAAUGUAUCCAGGAAUGUUUUUGGAAGACACAAAACCCAGAAUGGACCCUGGAAUGGGGCUUUGCGCCCCAUAUACUGUUACCCGUGCGGUCUUUUCCGACGCUGUCACGUUGGUCCGUAGCGAUCGACACUUAACCUUAGACUAUACUCCGGCCAAUCUGACAAACUGGGGCAUCACAGAGGUAGCACAAGAUUAUGAUACCCUUGGGGGGGCCAAGAUGUUUCACUUGAUCCUGAAUGCCUUCCCAUCGUACUUCAAGUACAACUCUGUAUACGCCAUGCAGCCAUUCUACACACCAACAGAGAGCCGCAAGAUAUUCGAUAAGUUCGGGAAAUCCUACUUGUACUCGUUUGACCCGCCGGCAAAAACAGCGUCACCGAUCCCCAUUCUUACCCAUGCCGGUCUAAAGCGCGUUUUGAACGAUCAAAAGAACUUCAAAGUUCCAUGGGGAGAAGCGAUGGAAGCAUUGAAUAACGAGCACGACUUUAUGCUUGCUGGUGAUUUGAGCUCACAUACCCAGCAAAGGAACCUGGUAGGAGAUGCGAUUUACGACGUCACUGGGUCAAGGAAGCAAUUCAAAGAUUAUACGGAGGAGAUCACUUUGAAACUUUUGAAACGGGAGGUUUACCAGCUUGGAAAAGACCCAUUUAACCAGGUUGACAUUGUUAGAGAUAUUGGAAACUUGGCUGCCUUGCACUUCGCUGCAUCACUACUCUACCUACCAUUGAAAUCCGAUGAGAACCCAAAUGGCCAGUACUCCGAGCAGGAACUGUACAAGACGUUGACAGAUCUAACUUGGUUUGUCUUCUCUGAUUCGGAUCCCACAAAGUCUUGGGAGCACCGCCGCGAGGCGAAGAAGAGUAUCGAUAAACUCGGAGAAAUCAUGGUUGAAGAAGUCAAGAAGUUCAAGACCCCAAUUGGCAUUUGGGACAAGCUCACAGGAGGUACCGGUGUCAGGCCACCCCCACCAUCUCUCAAGGAUUAUGGUUCCAACCUUGUAAAAAGGCUUUUGGGCUCUGGAAAGAGCGCAGAAGACGUUGCAUGGAUGCUAUUGUGGAGUGGGUGCGCUUUUGUUGCCAACUCUGCUUGCGCUUUCGCCCAAUUGAUCGAUUUCUACCUCCAAGACGACAAUAGAAAGCACUGGGCUGAAAUCCAACGUCUAUCGUCCCUCAACACUCCGGAAGCUGACAAGCUUCUAACAAAGUACACCCUGGAGGGAACCCGUCUAUCCAAUUCUCUCGGAAUCUUCCGCACAGUCGACCCCGUUGACACCCAAACGAUAACCAUAAAGCAGCUAGGGCAAGACGUCGUCCUCAAGAAGGGCGACAAGGUAUUUGUCAGCUUCGUCUACGCGUCGAAGGAUGCUAGUGUCUUCCCCGAUCCACUAGAUAUCAAACUUGACCGACCGGCGGAGCUGUACGUCACGCACGGAGAGGGUCAGCACCAAUGCCUCGGCAAGGAUAUCAAUAUCAUUCAGAAUACGUACAUGCUGAAGACCUUGGCGAAGCUGAGGAACUUUAGGAGGGCUCCCGGGGAUGAGGGGAAGCUGAAGUUUAUCUCAAAGCCAGGCGGUAUCAAGCUUUACAUGAACGCCGAUUGGAGCAAGUUUACUCCCUAUCCGACAACUAUGCGGGUACAAUUCGACGGACCGAUCGUCGCUUAGAUGCGGUAGGGCUAGAAAAGGGCGUCUUUAGGGGCAAGGAUUGGAUAUUAGGAUUAAGAUGGGAAUAUGAUACGAUGUUUUUUUGUUUUUUUUUUUCGUCAAUUUCUCCUUGCUACUCGUACCGUCACCUUUUCAUUCUUCACUGUUUUCCUUUACAUUGGAAAUUUAUGUCACCAAAUUGUUCAAGUUAAAGCAUUGACUACGCUAUCACUCGGUAUGAAUACGAUUGAAUCCCC